UACAUGCAGAGCCUGUAAAGAUCUACACCACGCUUUAUGAAGACAUUUUGUCUGUUGUCUUCAGUUUCCAGUUAUGCUCCAAAAUGUAAUAUAUAAAUAUCAAUCUUGUAUUUCAGUUUAUAUUAAUGCUGUUUAUUAUUUUAUAUGAUUACUGUAUGCACUUGUUUUGUAAUGUUUAAGAAAUAAUUGUGUCCUUCACCACGCUUUAUGAAGACAUUUUGUCUGUUGUCUUCUGUUUCCAGGCCUUCUUUAAAAAAUAAGAAGAUAAAAAGCACGUCGUUGUCCAUCAGUUCUUCACCGAUUGACCACCGUUACACAAGCGCUCGGACCCCUAAUAAGUAUUACAAGAACCAAAGGUCAUCCAUGCUACAGGGGGCGCUGCGGAGGACGGACCGCUAGAACCUCCUCUUGAUUCCUUUGUCGGGGUACAGGCUGUUGUGUUCUGUAUUUUGAAUCCUCUUCUUCAAAUCCAGGGGUCUUAACCUUCCUAACUAUUGGACGUACCGUGUGGUUAACAGUCUGAUAGGUCAUUGGUCAAUGGGCAGGAGCUCAUGUGCAUUAAAGCUGCAGACACCAGAAACAGCAUUCUGUAGGGACUGAAACAGGAGAAUAGCGGAGAUGGACACAAACGUGCUGAUUGGCUGGCAAGAGGAGAGGGUGCGGCUUAGACGAGACGUGUCUCGUUUGCAGGAUGAGCUGGCUGAGAGCAACGCAGAGAGGGAGGAGCUGACUUCACGCUCACACGCACUGGACCACCGGUUGGUGAGCUGCCUCGACCCGUCUCUCUCUCUGCGUGGGUCAGGUGAGGAGAAGGAUUGGAGGAGAAGAGUGCGAGAGGGGAGGGAGAGGGAGGCACGACAGGCCCUACUCAUCCACAAGCUUCAGAACAAGGUGGUGGAGUUCCGAGAGCGAUACCAGGAAGUGAAACAGCGUCUCCAGGGAGAGGAGAGGGAGCUGGCCAACCAAGAGCGGAGGCUGCUGGACGCUCACAGCGAUUCCCUGGAGAGCACCCUCUUCAGGCUAGAGGAGCAGCAGCAGAGAUCUAUUGGACUGGCUGAGGGAAAUUCAUUUCUCAGACAGCAGCUCAGUCAAUCAGAGCAGACUAACCUUGCCUUGAGGGAGGAUCUCCAUAAGUUGACUGCUGAUUGGUCCAGAGCUGUCGAGGAAGCGGGGCUCAAAGAAGUAAAUUGGCAGAAAGAGAAAGAGGGUCUAAUAGGUCAUGUGACUAAGGAACAGGGACGUCUGAUGUGUUUAUGGAGAUCCGUCAUCACACUGAGAAGAGACUGUCUGUCCUUAAAGACCGCCACAGACAGGGACCUUUGUGAGCUGCGGUCUGGGUUCUCCUCCCUCUCCUCCUCACUCCUCACCUGCUGUGACUCCUUCACCUCUGUCUCCCUUCCUCUUGCACCCCCUCUUCAUUCCACCCUGGGGCCCUGCCAAUUGGAGGAGCUGCUGGGGGGAGAGGAGGAGAAAGAGGAGAAGGAGAGAGAUUUGACAGAACUGAAAGGAAGGGUGACAGAGCUCUCUCUCUUAGUGCAGUCUUUGGAGAGAGAGAGGGAGCGAUGGUUGGGGGAGAAGAUAAUGGAGGAUGAGGAGAAGGAGAGGAGGAGUGAGGUGGAGAGGAGCUACCAGUCUCUGAGCCAGGCUAUCCUAACCCUGUCCAGAGUCCUGGGCUCCUCCCCCGCCAAGGUAGAUCAUCUCUCCUCUCUGCUGGCGGUGUUGUCCCAGGCAGACAGCGCCCUCCAGAUGAGACACCAGAAACUACAGGAGGCGGAGGUGGUCAGGAGGAGGUUGGAGGAGCAGAAGGAGUCUCUACAGGACAGACUCUACCAGCUGGAGGCCGACCACUCAGAGACAAACACACUCCUGCAAACCACACACCUGCAGCUGGUAGACACCCAGCAGAAACUGGCCAGGGAGAGGGAGACAGUGAUGGGUCUACAGGCGGAGGUGGAGCUGGUUGGAAAGAGGGAGGAGGAGGAGAAAAGAGAGAGCAAGAGGAUGAGGAGAGAGAUGGAGCGGGAGGAGGAGGAGAGGAGACACGUGAAGAGAGACGGACAGAAAAGGUUGGAGGAGGGCCUGAUGGAGAUCGCCCAGCUGAAGGAGAGAGAGCUGAGAGGUCACAUGGAGAUCUACAGCCUGAAGGGGGCGGUAGAGAGAGAGAAGCUGGACAGACAGAGAGCAAAUGAGGAGGCUGUGGAGGCUGGAGAAGCUUUACAGAAGACCAGAGACAGUAUGGUGUUGCUGGUGUGUGAUCAGAACCUAAUGAAGAGACAGCUGGCUGAAACCAGGGACUCUCUGAACAAGAUGGCCGCUCUCAACCAAUCCCUGGUCGAGGACAAGAUGGAGCUCAACACCCACAUACUACAGGUGGAGGCAGAGUUGGCUGAUGGACAGUGCAAGCUCCAUGCUCUGAGGUCAGAGGUCACAUCAUUACAGAGGGAUUUGAGAGUGCUGAGCCAGGACUACAACCAGCUAAAGACCCAUAUUCAGACAGAAGAGGAGGUCCUUCUCCACCUGAGGGAGCGAGAACAAGCAAUGGAGAGAGCAGGGGAGGAGAGAGAGCGAAAGCUGGUUGGUCUGAUAAAGGAGAGAGAGCGAGAGGGAGAAGAACUGAAAGAGCUGUGUACCCAGCAUGCCUUGGUGCGGUCUGAGCUCCAGGAGGCAUGUAGUGAGUUGUCACGGGUUACGGAGGAGAAGAGGAGAGCAGAUAGAGGGAGGGAGGAGCAGCAGAGAAGGAGGGAGGAGCUGGAGAGGGAGAGACGAGACAAGCUGUCCUCUCUGGAGAGAGAGAGAGAGCUGCAAGUGGACGAUCAAGAGCAGCUCAGGUGUACGUUGGUGUCUCUCCACCAGCAGCUGAGGGACCAUCAGCAGCAGGUGUCUGUGUUGGAGAUGGACAGACAGCAGCUCCUCACUCAGACACUCACCCUGCAGCAGACUAAAGACACCCUGCAAGGAGAGAUGGUGUUCUUGAAGGAGGAGGUGGAGUGGGGGAGGAGCCAGGAGGAGGAGCAGAGAGAGAGAAGGCAGGAGGAAGGAAGAAGCAGGAGGCGGCAGGUGGAGACACUCGUGGAGGAGGUGGAGGAGCUGUCCAAGAUGAGGAAAGAAGGAGAGACGGGGAGGGAUAGGGAGAGAGAGGUGUGGCAGAGAGAGAGGGAGUGUCUGAGCAAAGAGCUGGGGAGGAGGGAAGCGGAGCAGUUGGUGAGCUCUAGUAGGUUGGAGGAGGUUUCCACCCUGUUGAGCGAGACAGAGAGGGAGGUGGAGAGGCUACAGCAUACUCAACGGCACCAUGACAAACAGCUGGAGGAGGAGAGAGGGACGGUCAGCCUGUGGAGAGAGAGAGCACAGGAGGAGGAGAGACAGAGGCAGAGACUGACGGUGUUGCUCGCCCAGGCGGAGGAGAGGAUGAAGAAAGGUGAGAAGGAGGUGAAGAGACAAGUGGAGCUGAUGAGGAGCAGCAGAGGGGAAGAGAGAGAGAGACUCAACCUCAGCCUCCAACAGCUAAGCGAAGAAAACAAACGGCUCAACCUAACAGAGAGAGAGAGGGAGAAAGAGAGACUGGAGGAGGAGAGAGAGAGACUGGAGGAGGAGAAAGAGAGGGUGAGGCUGACGGAGGAGAGAGAGAGGAAGAGAGCUGAGGAGAUGACACAAGCGAGAGAGAGGGAGAGACUGGUGGAGAGAGAGAGGCAGAGAGAGAUGGAGGCUUUGUGUGACCAAAUCGAGAGAUUGGAGAAAUUGGGAGCAGAGAAUGAGGUGCAGCAGUCCAGAAUGAUAUCUGAGGAAAAGAGGAGGGAGGGAUGGAGAGAAAGAGCUGAGGAGGCAGAGAAGGAGAGAGAGGAGGCGAAACUGAGGCUUUUGGAAAGAGAGCUGAGUCAUGAGGAAGAGUUGAAAGCGGAAAGGAGAGUGCGUGAGGAGGCGAAGGAGAGGCUGAGGAGGGCUGAAUCCCAGAUGAGGACCAGAGGAGAAGAGAUGGAGAGGAUGAACCAACGGGUGCUUGGUCUGCAAGGAGAGCAAGUGCGUGUAGAGGGAGAGCUCCUGAGGAGGAGAGAGGAGGAGAGGGAGAGAGAGAUGGACCUCCUGAGGAGCAGAGAGAGGGAGAGAGAGAUGGACCUCCAGAGGAGGAGAGAGGAGGAGAAGGAGAGAGAGAUAGACCUCCUGAGGAGCAGAGAGAGGGAGAGAGAGAUGGACCUGAGGAGAAGAGAGGAGGAGAAGGAGAGAGAGAUAGACCUCCUGAGGAGCAGAGAGGAGGACAGGGAGAGAGAGAUGGACCUCCUGAGGAGCAGAGAGGAAGAGAGAGGGAGGGAAAUAGACCUCCUGAGGAACAGAGAGGAGGAGAGGGAGAAAGAGAUUAACCUCCUGAGGAGCAGAGAGGAGGAGAAGAAGAGUGAGACAGACCUCCUGAGGAGGAGAGGGGAGGAGAGAGGGAGGGAGUACGAGCUGAAUAAGGUGAGGAUGAGUGUGGUGGAGGAAGAGAGGGAUGAGAUGAAGAAACAGUUGGAGGAGAAAGACCGCAAUCUGGAGCACCAGAGGAGUAUAUUGAGGGUGAAAGAGAAGGAGGUGAAUACCCUGCAGGAGCAAGCCCAGCUCCUGCAGGAGGAGGUGGGGGAGGAGAGGAGAGAGAGGGAGGAGCAACAGAGAAAGCGAGAAGAGAGAGACGCAGAGCUGAGGAGCAGGCUGGCGGAGCUGGAGGACAAGCAGUCCCGGGGGAGGGAGAGGGGAGAGAGGGAGAGAGAGGAGAGAGAGAGAAUCAAGGAGGAGAUGAUGCAAGCUGAGGAGGAGAACAGGAGGCUGCAGGAGAAAGUGAGGAAGCUGAAAGGGGAGCGGGAGGGCCUGGGGAGGAGGCUGGAGGAGUUCGAGAGUAGGCAGCGACUGCUGCAGGAAGAGCAGGAGGAGGAGCUGAAGAGGACCAGGGAAGAGCUGAGAGAAGUGUCAGGUCUGGAAGUGUGGAAGGUGGAGGAGGAGAGGAUGAGGAGGGGGAUAAAGACUUCCCUGGAGGAGGUGGACUCCCUCAAGCACCUUCUAUCAGAGAAAACAGAGGAGGCACAGCACCUUCACAGCGCCCUGCUGGAGGGGAAGCAGGAGGUGGAGCGGGUCAAGGAGGAGACCCUCCAGGCUGCCAGGGAGGAGGUCCUCCGCCAGAGGGAGGAGAUGGAUAAAGAAAGAGAGGAGGAGAGAGGAGAGCUACAGGGGUUGAGGGCCAGAACAAAUGCUCUGAUACAGAGAAGAGGGGAGGUGAAGGAGGAACUGGAGAGGGAGAUGGUGGAGAGGGAGUGGAGGAGGAGGAUGGAGGUUCUGGAGGAGCAGAAGAAGGGUCUGAGUGAAGAGGUGAGCAUGCCAGAGGAGAAGCGAGAGAGGGACCUAAAAAACGUUAAGCAACAGAAGGAGGGAGAGAAGCCAAUGGCGGACAGGAGGAGCAGGAUGAGUGGAGGAACGGAGGAGGACAGAUGUGGAGGUCUUUCCUCUCUUUUCCAGGAGACGGAGGAGAUACUCUUGAAGGACAAAGAGGAGGAGGUGUACCUGCUGACCAAGAGGACAGGGGAGCUGGCUGAGGACAGAGACAGAAUCUUAUCGGCUCUGGAGCAGACGGAGGCUGCUCUGAUUAGCUACAAGGAGAGGGGCCUUUCCAAUGAGCAGGAUAUUGACCUCGUACCAAGGGUUGCCUUGCUCCAGAGAACUGUAGCAGAGCUGGAAGUGGACCAGCGACGUCUGACAACAAGAAGCUCUCAGCUGAAACAUCAGAACCAUCGACUCAGGAGCCACCGGAAGGUGCUCCGCCACAGGCUGAGAAUGGUAGAAGAGGAAAGAGGAAUCCUCUCGGCUCCGCUCACCCAGUCAGACAGCAGAUCUCAGCAGAUCAUAGAAACUGAUGGAGAAACGCCACGACUGAAGAACAGAAUCAGAGAACUGGAAGAACAGGUCCACCGUUUGCGUCUCACUCUUUCUCUUGACAGUCAGGAGAUGUGGGACUUCAUCGAAAGCUCCUCUAAGAACAACCAAUCGGUUCUCUCCCUGCGGCGGGACCUCAGCCUGUCCCUGGAUGCCGUCUCCAGGAAGCCCCUCCAAUCGGUUCUGCAGACUGAAACCCAGCGAUUGGACCGUAGCCUCAGGGAGGAGGAGUUUAGAAUGUCUCUAAGCCACUUAUGACUCAUACAGCCCUGGUUGGUCCAGGUUGAAGAGUGUUUGGUACUGAUAGUUAUAUGAUAUAUAUAUAUAUGUGUGUGUGUGUGUAUAUGUUUUAUCAGGGUGGGUCAGUGUCUAGAAGCUUCACCACAAGGUUGUGUUUCUUGCCUCGUUUUAUGUUUGAAGGGAUCACUGUAAAAUAUGCUUACUUCAAUAAAAUGUCAUUGAGCAUCCA